UUCCCCCGUCCUCUUCCGAUGCUGCCCUAAUUCCUGGUGUAUAAACUUGUUGGAACUGGUACACCGUAAUUUUUGCUUCAUUUUCUGGGCUUCUCGCAAAUGAACAUUUUGAAGCAUCCAAUUAUCAGCAGGCGAGGAUUCAGAUAUGGUGGAGCAUUGCAAAGUUCGUUCAUUCAUUCAUCGCAAGACGCAGUGCUGGAAGUUUGUUCUAGAGAGCAAGAAGUAGUGAUUGCUUUAGGGAGCAAUGUGGGUGAUAGACUGCAGAAUUUCAACGGAGCUUUGCAGUUGAUGAAAAAGGCAGGGAUACACAUUACAAGACAUGCUUGUUUGUAUGAGACAGCACCUGCUUAUGUCACUAAUCAACCUCAAUUUCUCAACUCCGCUGUUAGAGCUGUCACAAAGCUUGGACCACAUGAACUACUGAGUGCAGUUAAGAACAUAGAGAAACAGCUGGGUCGUACUGCUGGUAUACGCUACGGCCCGAGGCCGAUUGACUUAGAUAUCUUGUUGUAUGGAAGAUAUAAAAUACACUCAGAUACUCUCACUGUCCCUCAUGAAAGAAUCUGGGAAAGGCCGUUUGUGCUGGCUCCUUUGAUUGAUUUGCUGGGUUCAGAUGUUGAUACCGAUGAUGUUGCUUGCUGGCAUUCUUUAGCUGCUGAUCGUGGCGGGCUUUUUGAGUUAUGGGAGAAAAUGGGUGGUGAAUCUCUUAUUGGUAAAGAAGGAAUGAGAAGGGUUUUGCCCAUUGGAAACAACUUAUGGGAUUGGUCCUGCAAGACUUCCAUCAUGGGGGUUCUUAAUUUGACACCUGACAGUUUUAGCGAUGGUGGCAAGUUUCAACCUAUUGAAGCUGCAGUUUCUCAGGUGCGUUCGAUGGUUUCAGAUGGUGCUGAUAUGAUUGACAUUGGUGCUCAGUCAACACGGCCCAUGGCACCUAUGAUUUCUGUUGAAGAAGAAUUGGAUAGAUUAGUUCCCGUUUUGGAAGCUGUUACAGGAAUGCCAGAGAUGAGUGGAAAGCUCAUAUCAGUGGAUACGUUUUAUUCAGAAGUCGCUUUGGAAGCUGUAAAGAGAGGGGCUCAUAUUGUAAAUGACGUAUCAGCGGGCCAGUUGGAUCCUCAAAUGCACAGGGUUGUUGCUCAGCUUAAGGUGCCUUAUAUUGCAAUGCACAUGAGAGGAGAUCCAUCUACAAUGCAAAACAAUGAGAAUUUACAGUAUGAUGAUGUUUGCAAUGAAAUUGCCUCUGAGCUACACUCUAGGAUUAGAGAUGCAGAAUUAUCAGGCAUCCCAGCUUGGAGGAUAAUUGUUGAUCCUGGGAUUGGAUUCUCGAAGAACACAAAGCAAAACCUGGAAAUUCUAGGAGGCGUACCAAAGAUUCGAGCAGAAAUUGCAAGGAGAAGCUUGGGAUUGUCUCAUGCUCCCAUGUUGAUUGGACCUUCGAGAAAGAAAUUUCUCGGCGAAGUAUGUUCGCAACCGAUUGCAACGAAGAGAGAUCCCGCUACAGUUGCUGCAGUUACCAUAGGGGUUCUCGGUGGUGCAAACAUAGCUAGAGUACAUAACGUAAGAGAUAAUGUGGAUGCAGUGAGGCUUUGUGAUGCAAUGCUGAAGGAGAAAACAAGCUGAAGCAUGAUUGUUUCUCGUUACACAUCCUUUUCAUUCUCAUUUUUUUAAUCAAAUUAUUAUUUUUGGAUAAUUUGGUACACCGCUCAUGCUUUUACUGCUAGCGUCACAAGGAAUAAAAUGAGUUACGCGAUGCCCCCUGGAAUAGUA